AAAAAGCGGCGGUUGCUCCUCGGGCACCUUUCUGUGAAUCAAUAACAUUUAUUUCUUCAUUACAGUUCUCCGGCACAGCAUUAAAACAGUUGUAAGCUCCUUCCCUGCACCGGGACCAUGCAGCACCAGCAGUAUGCAGAGGAGCGAGGUCUUCUGGGGUCACUCUGUCCUGGGCAGAAGAAGCUGGAGGGGAAGACCUUCUACCUGGACAGUCUAAAGAAACGCUCCACCGCACUGCUUUUGGAGGCCGUAUCUCUUCUGGGAGGGCGGGUCGAGAGUUUCCUGCACAAGGAUGUGUCCUUUGUUGUGACUGGAAGCCGAGAGGGCCUGAAGGAGCAGAAGUGUACAGAUACCAACGCAGAGCGCAAGGGGACGAGUGAAGAAGCCCAACGUCCUCUUAUGCAGCGGGAGAGCAUCCUCAGCGGUGACAAGCGGCGACCGGGAACUCCUAGACCAACGGCUUGUGGCAGCCGUGGGAAGGCCCUGCUCGAAAAAGCCAUUCGCAAUAAUGAACGACUGCAGGGGAACAGUGUUUUGACCAAUGCCCGAUCGUGGGGGGUGAAGAUUUUGUACGUGGAUGAUGUGCUUUUGUAUAUGAAACGGUUGAAUCGAGAGAGCUUCAGUGCUGUUCACAAGAGGCCGGAGAGAGCUUCCUCCAAACAACAAGCUUGUCAUGUUGUCAAAGCUGCACCGUUGAGGUCUCCCUAUCUUAAAAUUGAAGACAUGAGCAGGAGAUACAAGCCCUUGCAUAUGCAAUCUAUGAUCUGCCCCACUCUGUGGUACUCUGGCCGGUUUAGUCCCUUCGAAUCUCUGCCUCCUCGGUUCGAAGAGCAGGCAGAGCCAGGAGAGAAAAAAACGAGGGAGAAGAAAAAAGUUGAGGGCAGCAUUCUGGAGAAAUCUCAAGCCACUCUCGGCUGUAACCGUUCACUUUCCAAGCCACGCAAAAAAGAAGUGUCCUACUGUGAAUGCUGUCAUCAACCCUUCACUAAUCUGGACGAGCACAUGCAGUCUGAUCAGCACCGUGCUUUUGUUCUGGAUGCUUCAAACUACAGCGAGGUGGACCAACUCAUGACCGAGAUGCUUCCAGGAUUCGACCCAAAUCCUGCUCAACGAUCGGAUGAAACACUGAGCCGACCACCAACUCCGUUGCCCAUCUGUGAUCUGGAGCCUCUCACUGAUGCCGAGGUGGAGCGUGCUGUUCGGGACUUGCAUAGACACGGUUCAUCAUUCCACCUCUCCGGUCCUGCUGGUGGGCCUCGUUCAUCUGGCCCGACCAGCCCGUCCCCAGGAGGUCAGUUUCCCAUCCCAAACUCACCGGACACCCGACCUCCUGACAUCCAGCCUUUCAGUACCAACACAGACUGCCAGCUAACUGACAGCCAUCUUCACGCUUUAAGUCCGACCAUGCCUGUUUUGGAUAUUGAACCACAAGCUCACAACUCAGCCCGUCGGCCGCCUGAUGUUCAACACUCCUCCCCGUCCUCUGACCCGUACUCCCUGCCUCCGGUCCUCAGCCCACAGGUCCCUUAUACCUGCAUUAUGGAGCCGCGCUGCCCGUACUCGGAGCCCCCCGUCCUCAGUCCUCAACAGUACACCGCAGAGGAGGCAGAGGAAGCACACACUUGGGACUUGGACACUGCGGUCGGUGUGUCUCAGGAUGUCCCUGAUCCCAUCUCCGCCACACAAUUUCCUUCUGUGGCUUUGACGAAUGCAGACGGAGUAAAUCAAUCAAGCCCAGAAAGUAUUUUGGGAUUACGUGAGCUCAUAUGUUCCACCAAUGGUCUGAAACUGGUGACGCCGUUGUCACGUCGAUCUCGGUCCCUCCCUCGACAGAUGGCGACGACGCCGAACCCCAGAAAGCGCUGUCGAUCAGCCAGCCCCGAACACGGGCGGAGCAAAAGGAGGAGGAUUACAGCAGAAUUUGGCUACCGGGGUAGCUGGACUGAACAAGUGCAUACAUCUGCCAAACCACCAUGGGACGUUAUGGCAAAACCCGAGGGCUGGUUAUUAUCCGACAAAGUCUCUUGUCCGAUAAUACAGUCCAGUCCUCGCACAAAGGAUUCCUCCACAUGCACUGCGGGAACGUUUGCUUCAGAACAGACUUUUAGCAUGUUCUGUGUUCCUACAGUACACGACUCCACACAGGCAACUCAUCACAUGGUCGUUUUAGGUCAGGGUGGCACUUCCCUCGCACUUCAUCAUCCAUCAUGGCCACUCUCCUCAACGGCGUGCGGUCCUCCACUUCCGCUCCCCAGCGACAACAUUCACAGUGCGUUUGCACGUCGAGACUCUCAAUGGGCGCUGUCCCGCUCCGCCUCCGUGUGCAUCGAGUCGGCCCUCAUCCCAGACUUGGCCACGCUCUCUCCGUCGUCGUCCGACUCCGACUGGGACCGCGGCCUGCUGUCCCGACUCGGACCCUCCCGCGCCGCCGCCCCCCCGUCGCCCCGCGAGCGGAGCCCCGAGCUCGACGGGGAGCUGCUCCGCACGCCGUGCGCCUGGACGCACGGCUCCGGCUACGAGUCGCGGCUGCACACCGCCCUCCGGCCGUCGCCCCCGGCAACCUCGCUCUGCGGGGAUGAAGUGGACCCGUCGGCGUUUUCCAGGACCGUAGUACAGAUCGUUGAGGUUCAACACUGACGGUUAGCGUCUCGGUCGUUUUCAAGAAACCGCACGAACCACUUCCUGGAAGCGAGCGGUGCGCUUUUACACGUCAGCGGCGUACCUACCGGGGAGAUAACGAUUGGCAGCACUUAUACUCGUCAAAACAAGUACAUGAACUGUAUUCUGAAUAAAUAUUUUAAAAACGUG